AUUGAAAGGGAAACUUCUGUGUUUCUCUGGGGAGAAGCUGAAAGUGCUGAACUCUUCUUCGGCAGCGUCAAUGGCGGGAGAAUCAUCUCGCAGUAGCGGUAAACGGCCCUUUGUGGAAGAAGACGACGAUUUCAGCAAAAAUCCACCCUUGUGGGUCAACUCCAACACCCGUUAAAGUUCAAUUUUUUUGCCUCAAAAUUUGGCAUUCUUCAAAGAGAGCUUACCUUAAACCCAUUAUGAUUUACCAUGUAGUAAGUUUUGUGUUUUCUAUUACGCUCACUUUUAAUUCAUGUAAGAUCUCGUGUAUAUGUUCCCUUGUGAAAUUUAUACAGAGCAAAAAGGGUAAGGUUUCCAAAGGGUAAGAAAGUGAAGCCUGGAGAUGAAGCAGUGGACAAAGGAAAUGUUGCAGAGGAAGGCCCAAUUGAUUUGAUGAAUCCCCAAGUUGCUGCCAAAGAGAGAGCGAAACACAGAAAUAAAUUUACUGCUGAACUCUUUAGUGAGGACGCUGGAGGUAUCUUAAAUAACUUAUCAGCAGCUGAAGUGGCAUACGAGGAUAAUGAGAAUUUUGUUGAUGAAGGGAUUCAAAUUGAGCCUUUCAACCUAGAUAAAGAAAGGGAGGAAGGUUAUUUUGAUGCAGCAGGAAAUUUUGUUGAAUAUGUUAGAGAUAAUGAGAUUAAGGAUGCAUGGCUUGAUAAUGUUGAAGUUGAUCCAAAAUAUGCUGCAUUAAGCACUGUACCAACAAAUGAUGAAGACGAGGUCCAAGACCUUUCUUCUAAAGAUAUUGGAAUCAUGAAGAGGCGCAUUGCGAAUGUUCUUGAACCAGGAGAAACGGUCUUACAAGCCUUGCGAAGGUUAAAAGGUAACAGUGACAGAAAGGCAAAAAUGUCUGCUGAGACUAAGAUUGUAUUUGACCAGCUAACUGAGGAUGCUAUGAAGCUGAUGGAGAAUGGUGAAUACAAUGUUUAUCAUGAAAAGCGAGAGGUUUUUGAUCGUGAAGCAGACGGAUAUGAGAAGUUAGCCCGAGUAAAAGAAGGCACAUCUCUGCACUCAGGUGAAGGGAAUUCUUUUCUGAAUGGAGAGGGAAACUUGCUCUCUGAUGGCCUGGAUUCUGGUGUGGCCUCUACAAGAUUCCUUACAACAGACAUUGGCACGUCAAAUCAACAUUUGGGUAGUGCAGAAGUCUCUGGCACUGGUGCAGAUGAUUAUGAUAUGUUUGCUGAUGAUGACGAGCAUGAUACCACUAAUCCAUCUACGGAUGAAAAUAAUGCUGUUAGUCAAUCAUCAUCAAAUGCUAUAAACUCUGGGCCUGAGGGUGGAGCAUUGCAAAACGAUUGUGUGUAUGACGAAUCUUCUGGGUACUAUUACAGCAGCAGUUUGGGCUAUUAUUAUGAUCCAAAGACAGGGCUGUAUUGCUCUGCUGCAUCAGGGCAAUGGUACUCAUUUAAUGAAGAGACCAACACAUAUGAAGAAGUUAAUGAGGUUGCAUCCAAUGUGAGUUGAGGGACUUGUUUCAGGGGAGUAUAGACUGUUUAUAGCAUAUCCACAAUCAUUGUCUAUCAGUGGCAUAUGUACAGUAGAGGCACAAUUUAUCUUUUUGCACACACUUUAAUGAGGGACAUUCUUCUUACCUUGGUGCUACUGCUAGCAGUUGUUAUGCUUUUAUCUCUUUAAGGUUGCUGUUAUGUAGUAGCUUGAACUUUUCGAGUAAAAAUCACCUAUAACGAUCACUUGAAGUCAGGAGCAAUGAAAUGUUUACUCUUAUCACUUCUGAGCCAUAUGCAGUUUUGCCAUCAAAUUGCAAAUUACUUUGCUGCGGGCGGCGAUUCGAUAUUUCUUUUUUGGCGUCAUAUUGGCACCGUGCCAAUAAGUUGCUGUGAGUGCUAGUCAUUCGUUUUUCGUGGAAGAUGUUAUUUUUACAUUACAAGAUGUUGUUCUGUAAUGUUAAUGUAUCCUACGUUUUUUUUAUUCUGUUAAUUGUCAUUUUCUCUGUUGCUGG